AUGACUGAUGCAUUUAUGUUCCAGUACGGCGUGUCCGACCCCGUCACCGGCACCGUGUUCUCGCACGAGGCGAACAGCGACAGCCAGACGGUGCUCGGCUCGUACUCGGUCGACCUGCCCGACGGCCGCACCCAGCACGUCCGCUACAUCGCCGACCAGGUCGGCGACGGCGGCUACAACGUCGUCGUCACGUACGACGGCGUGGCGCAGUACCCGAAGACGGUGCCCGCGGUGCACGGGCCGGCGGCCUACGGCGCCGCUCCCGUCCACCUGCUGAAGCCCGCAGCCGCCUACACGGCCGGAGCUGGUGCCAAGACGUCAAGCCUGGCCUACGGAAAGCCGCUGGCGUACGCUCCCGCCUCUGCCUACGCUCCGGCCUCCACGCACUCUUCCGCCUACAAGCCCGCCUCUGCAUACCCUGCCGGCUCUUCUCAUACUGCGGCUCCUGCCUAUACGCACUCUUCCGCCUACAAGCCCACCCCUGCCUACGCUGCCGGCUCUUCUCAUACUGUAGCUCCUGCCUACACACAUCCCUCCGUCUAUGCGCCUAUUUCUGCCUACGCCGCUGGCGCUUCUUACCCCGCAGCGCCCGCUUACAACCCCAGCUUUGCUUAUAACUCUAAGUCAGCUUACGCUGCCGGUGUUUUCCACGGCGUGGCUCCUGCCUACAGCCACCCAUCCGCCUACGCUCCCGUCUCAGCAUAUACCGCUGGCGCUCCGCACCCCGCCAUCCCCGCAUACACCCACAUAUCCGCCUAUAAGCCCAUAUCGACGUACGCCUCUGGUGCCCCGCACGCCGCAGCCCCUGCCUAUGCUCACUCCGCUGCCUACAUGCCUGAGUACUCCUACGCCAACGGAGCCGGUUACCAUGCCUACUCGAACGUUUCUCCAUACCAUCCUGCCAACUCUUUCCACGGUGGGGCCGGCUACCACCCGGUUCGCGCCUACAGCCCCGCCCUGGCCAGCGGCCCGCACCGCGGCUAUCCAGCUCCCGUCUCCGGGUACGAUGGGAAGACCGCCCACAGGCUGGGCGGCGCCCACGACCAACUCGCGGCGCACGAGUCGGCGGCUGGCCACGGGUCAGCGGCAUCUUACCGGCUUCAGUCCGGGCAUGGCAGCCCGUCGGCACACAAACCCGUCCCGGUCCAUGGCAGCCAGCCCUACUCUGAGCCUGCUCCGGCAUACGCGCCAUCCGCGCCGUACAAGCUUGCCUCCGCCUACGGCGAUGCCUCCGCCCACCAGUCUGCCUCCGCGGGUGCUCAUCCCUCCAGCUACAAGCCGGUGUCUGGCCGAGGCUCUGGCUCCUCAGCGGCUUACGGCGCGCACCCCAAGUCCAGCGUGAUUAUUCACGGUGCGGCGCAUGGCUCCAAGCCCGCUUCCGCGCCCGCCCACCUCUCGUCCUACGCACCCCAGGCUGCGUACCACGGCUCCCCCAGCCCGAAGACGUCGUCAGCAGCCUACGGUCACGGCGCCAGCUCUGCGCACGCCAGCCUGGGACACGGCAGCAACAGCGUCCACAGCUCUACCGGCAGCUACGGCCACAGUUCGGCGAAGGCCCACAGCUCCACCGACAGCUACGACCACAGCUCGGCGGAGGCCUACGACUCCACCGGCAGCUACGGCCAUAGCCCGGCGGAGGCCCACGGCUCCACCGGCAGCUACGGUCACAGCUCGGCGAAGGCCCACGGCUCCACCGGCAGCUACGGCCAUAGCCCGGCGGAGGCCCACGGCUCCACCGGCAGCUACGGCCACAGCUCGGCGAAGGCCCACGGCUCCACCGGCAGCUACGGCCACAGCUCGGCGGAAGCCUACGGCCACGGCGGCUCUCUUUCGUACGCGCCAGCUAAGCCUGUGUACAAGGCACUGUCUCCGCCCAAGAAAAUCGAGUUCGUCCACGUGUAUCAUCCCGGGCCCUACCACAAGACGAAGUCCCAUUAA